CCAAUCUAUUUUCUGCAACUCAAGUGACCCUUUAAAACCAAGUUAGAUUACAUCACUGACCUAUUUCAAAUCUUUGCUGUUGGCAUAAAGUCUGUUUGAUCUGACCCUUGUUUGCCUGUCCAGGUUUGUCUGACACCUCCUCUUUACUUGCUGCAUACAAUCUUAAAAUCCUUCAGCUGAGAUGUGCUUCUUCCAACAGCAGGGCUCACCUCAGUCUACAUCUUCAGAUCUCAGAGCAAAUAUUACUCCUGGAGCCUUCUCCGAUAUUUCAGGCUUGGUCAAAUCCCCGUUAUGUGCCUUUAUUGAACAAGGUAUUUUUCCUUGAACAUUUAUCAGACAUAUACAUUGUGUGAUCAUUUUUUCAGUGUUUGUGCAGGAACACUAUCUACUAGGUGCACUAUUGCAGCAUGCCACCUGGGAUGUUGUAGCCUUUUCCUCCCUUUGUUUCAUAUUAAUGCCUUAGCUUCAUUCAUGGCUCUUUUCUAUGUGUUAUCUUCAGGGUUAUGUUGGAGGAAGAAGUAAGAGCCUAUGGUAAUUAGCCAUCUUGUCAGGAACAAAGAAUUUCCUAUUUCCAUUCCCUGUAAUUUUCAUAAAUAAAAUUUUAGGGCAGCCAUCUCCUACUCAGCAUCAUGGCCACCCUCAGACCCCUGGUGAAGCCCAAGAUUGUCAAAAAGAGGACCAAGAAUUUCAUCCGGCACCCGUCAGACCGAUAUGUCAAGAUUAAGUGGAACUGGCGGAAACCCAGAGACAUUGACAACAGGGUACGCAGGAGAUUCAACAGCCAGAUCUUGAUGCCCAGCAUUGGUUACGGGAGUAACAAGAAAACAAAGCACAUGCUGCCCAGCGGCUUCCGGAAGUUCCUGGUCCACAGUGUCAAGGAGCUUGAAGUGCUGCUGAUGUGCAACAAAUCUUACUGUGCUGAGAUUGCUCACAAUGUCUCCUGCAAGAACCGCAAAGCCACUGUGGAAAGAGCAGCCCAGCUGGCCAUCAGAAUCACCAAUCCCAACGCCAGGCUACGCAGCGAAGAAAAUGAAUAGAGAGCUAGUGUGCACAUUUUAUGUUAAUAAAACCAU